AUGGUCGGCACCCGGGAAGCUCGUCGGGGAUUCGCGCAUCUUGGCCGGGAGCGGCGUGGGCUGCCGGGGCUGCGUGCCUGCUGCCUGCGUCCCCAGCUAGGCUGGCAAAACCCCGGCCGGGGGUCCUCGCGUUCCCCCCGGCCGCAGCCCACGCGGCGACGGCGCGGCUGGGGGCCGUACCGGCACGGCCAUCUGGCGCGCAGCGCGGCCGCCUCGACCUGCGGCGGUGAGGCUGAGGAUGUGGUUAGCAAGAUCCUGUUUCGACAGCGGCGCCUGUCCCCAUCCCCGCACCCCACCCCCCGCCAGCCCCUGGCUGUCACCAAAUGUGUGGCCCAGGCCCCGGGGAGAAGCCAGCUGCAGCAAAGAGGCGGAAAAUCCUCCGGGGAGGUGCAGAAAGCCGUGAACACCGCCCAGGGGCUCUUCCAGAGGUGGACAGAGCUCUUGCAAGAUCCCUCCAUUGCCACAAGAGAAGAAAUCGACUGGACCACUAAUGAGCUCAGGAACAAUCUGCGGAGCAUCGAGUGGGACCUGGAAGACUUGGAUGAAACAAUUAGUAUUGUUGAGGCAAACCCACGGAAAUUCAACCUCGAUGCGACAGAGCUGGGUAUCAGGAAAGCCUUUAUCACGAGCACACGGCAGGUGGUCAGGGAAAUGAAGGAUCAGAUGUCAAACUCCUCCAUGCAAGCACUGGCUGAAAGAAAGAACAGGCAGGCACUCCUGGGAGAAAGUGGGAGUCAGAGUUGGGGCUCUGGACCUGACAAAUACAGCCGUCUGGACCGGGAGCUGCAAUUAGCAAAUUCACACUUCAUCGAGGAGCAGCAAGCUCAACAACAGUUGAUUGUGGAGCAGCAAGAUGAGCAGUUGGAGCUGGUCUCUGGCAGCAUUGGGGUGCUGAAGAACAUGUCCCAGCGCAUUGGCGGGGAGCUGGAGGAGCAAGCAGUGAUGCUGGACGACUUCUCCCAUGAGUUAGACAGCACUCAGUCGCGGCUUGAUAACGUCAUGAAGAAGCUCGCCAAAGUGUCUCACAUGACAAGCGAUCGACGGCAGUGGUGUGCAAUUAUUGUCCUCUUCGUCAUCUUGCUGGUGGUGCUCAUCCUGUUUUUCGUCCUGUGAUGGACUGAACUUCCUCGGACGCCCCCUCCCCGCCCCCUUGCCCCCGUAGCACGGGGAAAUGAAACUCUCACCAUUUCCGUCCGCCCACAGAGAUCCCCAGCAAGAAAACCCGCAGCCAGCUCUCGCCGUUCUCCUCUGAGGACCACGGCUCGGCUCCGCCGGCAUCUCACCUGGCCCUGGGG